CUCUAUUCUCCUUUUAGAAGCAACCACGUAGGAAGACGCCUUGUGAAAUUAAAACCCUGGAGAGCGAAGGCAACGGUAAGCAGGCAAAGAAAAGCGAGAAAUGGAACAAGGCGAGGGUUCUGGUUCAAAGCCAUCCGAUGAAAUUUGGUCCAAACUUGUUCCAUCAAACAACAACAUUUCAGAUAUUGAAUUGAGGUUAGAAGAAGUGGAGAUAAAUUCAGAGGUUAAAAUCUCUUCAUUUGAAAAGCAACAAUGGUGUAAAAUUACAAGAAAUUCAGAUCUCUCUUCUGCAACAUUACAAAAUAAGAGUUUAAAUGUGAUUUAUGUUGAUGGGACUGAUGUUUCAACUGAAGAUACAAUCAUGAUUCGUUGUGGAAGUGAGAUAAUUCCUGGACAUGUUUCAGAAGGCUAUUUGAGUUACAGAUUCAAAGUAAUGCCAAAGGAUGAGCCUUCCAAGAAGGUGUUAAAGAUUUCUUUAGAUUCAGACCAUGCAAAAUGCAGCAUAUGUUUAAAUAUUUGGCAUGAUGUUGUCACAGUUGCACCUUGCCUCCAUAACUUUUGCAACGGAUGCUUCUCAGAGUGGUUAAAAAGGUCACAAGCAAAACAUGCAAGUGUUCUUUGUCCCCAUUGUAGAGCAGUUGUACAAUUUGUAGGAAGAAACCACUUUCUCCACAACAUUGAAGAGGAAAUACUCAAAAGUGAUUCUUCUUUAAGGCGAAGUGAUGAAGAACUUGCGGUUUUAAACACCUAUUCACUAAUAAAAUCACCUCUUGUGAUUAACAAUGGAAAGAAGCCUCGAAGAAAGAGGUCACAUUCAGUGUCUGAAGAAGAUAAUAGUAGUAGUGGCACAAAUCUUGCAUGUGCUCAAUGUGGCACAGAAUAUGCAGGAUUUCGAUGUAAUCAACACACAGUGCAUCUUCAAUGUCAUGCAUGUGGAGGAAUGAUGCCUUCAAGAACAGAUAUUAAUAUACCACAACACUGCAUAGGGUGUGAUCGAGCAUUUUGUGGUGCUUAUUGGAAUUCUCAACAAGUUACAAGAAGUGAUUCGUUUCAUAUGUGUGCUUUUGAUACUUUUAAACCAAUUGCAGAAAGGAUUAUAACAAGAAUUCCUUUUUUGGCACAUGAAAGGAACAGACAUGAACAAGAUAUAACUGAAAGAUGUAUAAGACAGAUGGGGAAAACUCUACAGAAUGUUGUCUCAGAAUGGAUUACAAAGUUGAAUAAUCGAGAAAUAGAUCGUACAAGGAUGCCACUGAAUCACACAGAGAUGAUUACAGCUGGAACACAUGUUUGCAAUGAUUGCUUUGAUAAGCUAGUGUCAUUCCUCUUGUACUGGUAUCGAGUCAGCAUACCAAAACAUCUUCUACCUGCCGAUGCGGUGCAAAGGGAAGAUUGUUGGUAUGGUUACACUUGUCGAACACAACAUCAUAGUGAAGAUCAUGCUCGUAAAAGGAAUCAUGUUUGUCGUCCCACGAGGGGUAGUAUUGGAAAUUAGUAGCGAUUUGAAAUUGUUAGCAUCUAUUUUCUUUGUUUUUGUAAAAUAAUUUUGAAGGUAAUGUAACUAAACUUGUGUUUUAAAACAA